GUUUGAAUCAUUCCAAUUGCACUGCAUUAUCCGCAGUUCGCUGGGAACAUCAGUCCAGCCAACCUGACAUCUCGACGUCAAUUGAUGUCACAUUCCUUUUACUUUCGGUCUCCCGACAAGUGAGAUUUUGGGAAUACUUAAAGACCAGAGGUCUAUCCCAACCAAUCAAUAUGGGUGCAUAUCGGUAUAUGCAAGAGCUUUACAAGAAGAAGCAGAGCGAUGUGAUGCGCUACCUGCUCCGUAUCCGCGUCUGGCAGUAUCGCCAGUUGACCAAAUUGCACAGGUCGCCGCGUCCAUCGCGUCCAGAUAAGGCUCGCCGUCUCGGCUACAAGGCCAAGCAAGGGUACGUCAUCUACAGGAUCCGUGUGCGACGUGGAGGACGCAAACGCCCAGUCGCCAAGGGCUGCACCUACGGCAAGCCAAAGAGCCAUGGAGUCAACGAGUUGAAGCCAUACCGCGGUCUCCAAUCCAUUGCUGAGGAACGUGUUGGCCGUCGUCUCGGAGGUCUCCGUGUCCUCAACUCCUACUGGGUCGCCCAGGAUGCUUCCUACAAAUACUUUGAAGUGAUCAUGGUCGACAUCCACCACAAUGCAAUCCGCCGCGACCCCAAGAUCAACUGGAUCUGCAAAGCUGUUCACAAGCACCGCGAAUUGCGCGGUCUCACCUCGGCCGGCAAGAGCUCCCGCGGCAUCGGCAAGGGUUACAGAUACUCGCAGACAAUUGGAGGAUCACGUCGUGCUGCCUGGCGCCGCAGAAACCGUCUACAAUUGCGCAGAAAGCGAUAAACAGCUUGACUGGGACUUUUAUAUUAUAUUUAUGGUUGCAAAUAUACGUUUGUG